CGGCGGUCCCGGUGCCAUUGACGUCUGUGUCCCGGUGUCCCGGUGCCACUGCAGGCCAUGUCCUGGUGUCAUUGAAGUCUGUAUCCCACUGUCCCAGUGCCAUUGAAAGCCAUGCCCCAAUGUCCCGGUGCCAUUAAAGGCCGUGUCCCCAUGUCCUGGUGCCACUGAACCCUGUGUCCCGGUGUCCCCGUGUCACUGCAGGCCCUGUCCCCGUGUCCCGGUGCCACUGUAGGCCGUGUCGCGGUGUCCCGGUACCACUGCAGGCCGUGUCCCGGUGUCAGCGCAGGCCGUGUCGUUGUGUCCCCGUGUCACUGCAGGCCGUGUCCCGGUGUCCCCGUGUCACUGCAGGCCGUGUCCCGGUCCCGCUCCGGGCCCAGCCCGGGCCGCUCUCUGCGGCUCCCGGGGCCGCCCCCGGCCGUUCGUGUGCGCCGAGCCCCGUGCGGAUUGGCUGAGCCAUGUCACGUGCUUCAUCACAUGACCCGCGCUCGCGGCGGUGAUUGGCGGAGCGGGAGGGCGGGGCGGGCCCAGCGCAGCCCGGCCGCGGCGGUGCCGCCAUGUCCCGCGGGCCGGGCCCGGCCGGGCCGCUCCGCUCCCCUCAGGGCCUGGACCUCGAUGCGGAGCGGGAGAGGAUCCGCCGCCAGAUCGAGCAGCUGGAGCGCAGCCUGCAGCCCGGCGGCACCGACAUCCCGCUGGCCCUGUCCGACUCCAGCCUCAGCUCCGAUGGUGAUGAUGAAGAUGAUGAUGAUGAAGAUUCUUAUGCUGAAAUGGAAGUGGAAGUGGAUGGAGAAGAAGACAGCAGUGAUGAUGAUGAUGAUGAUAUUGAAAGCCUGCCCCAGGAUCCAGAAACCUGCCUGCAGAUGAACCAUGUGUACCAGGACGUUAUCAAGGAGAAGAUUGAGGAGGUGGAGCUGCUCAUUGCACAAAACAGAGCACAGCAGAAAGAAAUCAUGGGUGAGCUGGAUGGUUCAAAAACAGCCAGGGCAGGAGAUGGCAGAAAUCUACCAGCAAAUGUGUUUUUGGGUCAUUUUCUGAAGCCAUACUUUAAGGAUAAAGUAACAGGAAUGGGCCCUCCUUCCAACGAAGAUGCCAAGGAAAAAGCAGCUCAGGGCAUAAAAUCCUUUGAACAGCUGCACUCAGCCAAGUGGAAAGCUGCAGAGAAGACCCUGCUGCGGAAAUCCGUGGUGAGCGACCGCCUGCAGCGCCUGCUCCAGCCCAAGCUGCUCAAGUUGAGUUAUUGGAAUCAGAAACUGGAGAAAAUCAAGACUGAAACAGAAAAAGAUCCCUUGGAAAAGCAAAUAAAAGACUUGGAACAAGAAAUAGAGGCAAUUAACCAACUCCCAGAGAGUGACUUAAUUGGAAACAGAUUCGAUGAGCACGACUGGGACAAAAUUUCAAACAUCCAUUUUGAUGGACAACGUAGCUCAGAAGAACUGAGGUGGUUUUGGCAAAACUGGGAGCAUCCAAGCAUCAACAAAAAGGAGUGGACUGAGGAGGAGCUGGAUAGGCUGAAGCAGAUAGCUGCUGAACACAACUGCCUGGACUGGCAGACCAUUGCCCAGGAGCUGGGGACAAACAGGACACCUUUCCAGUGCUUGCAGAAGUACCAACUCUCUAACAAAGAUUUAAAAAGGAAAGAAUGGACCAAGGAUGAGGAUCAGAUGCUUUUAGAGCUUGUUCAAGAGAUGAGAGUGGGAAGCCAUAUCCCAUACAAGAAAAUUGCCUAUUACAUGGAAGGAAGAGAUUCUGCUCAGCUGAUUUACCGCUGGACAAAGAGUGUGGACCCCAGCUUGAAGAAAGGACCCUGGACACCAGAGGAAGAUGCUAUGCUGAUGGCUGCAGUUAAGAAGUACAGGGGGAAGGACUGGUACAAAAUCCGGACGGAGGUGCCGGGCAGGAGCGACGCCCAGUGCCGGGACAGGUAUUUAAAAUCAUUGCACUGGGAUGUAAAGAAAGGAAGGUGGAGCUUGGAGGAAGAGGAGCAGCUGAUUGAACUGGUUCAAAAGCACGGCCUGGGUCGCUGGAGUAAAAUAGCUUCAGAGCUGCCCCAUCGGACUGGGGCCCAGUGCCUGAGCAAGUGGAAACUCAUGAUUGGCUCCAAGAAGAAAAGAUCUGGGGCAAGCAAACGGCGCCACGCUGAGGAGAGCUCCAGCCCCUCAGAGAGCAGCAGUGAGGAGGACAUGGAGCUGGAGCUGGCAGACAGCUCAGAGGAGGAGAUGACCAGCAGCACGAGAAGGAAGUUUGCAGUCCCCAGCAUUGACCUGUGGAUACCAACAGGGACAGACACACAGGAGGCAGCCAGAGAGAGAUGCCAAAUCCAAUCCAUCCUCUCUGCUGCCAGGGCUGGUGCAGAGAGCAGCUGCAGUGACCUUCCAAGGGCAGGCUGUGAUGGAGAUGGAGCUGCUGAUAAAUCAUCUGAGCUGAACACCCUGCUGAUAGGCAUUGGAAAUCCCUGCUCAACAGAUGUGCUGGUGAAGAAUCCAGCAGAAGUGGUGGCCAAGGCUUCCCAGAGUGGAAAACAUGUGCUGCAGGUUAGCCUGGAGGAUAUGAGAAGAAUAUUACGUAAAAACACAAGAUUCCAGAGGAAACUGAUGCCAAGACCUCUUAUGAGCCUUUUAGCCAGGCCCCCUGGAGUGGCUACAACACUUGGCCAGGAUACCCAGAGGCUGCUGGAGUUCCCCAGCAGAGCUCAGCUCUGGAACAGGGAGCAGUGGAGGAGGCUGAACGUGGACAGGAAGCUGCUGCUGGCAGUGACCCCUUGGGUGGGCAAUGUGCUGCUGCCCCGCACCCUGCAGCCUGGCAAGGUGGCUUUCCAGCACACAGAAGCUGCUGCUAUUCACGAGAAGGUUAAGUCAGUGAGUCUCACCAGCACUCCCCUGUUUGUACUGCUCAUUCAGCUCCUGCAGAUUGAUACCAAAGGCUGUAUGAAGAUUAUCAAGGAGAGGAAGCUGAGGCAGUUGGAGCUGCUUAAGACUAAUGCAAGGAGCCCUCAGCAGGCUUCCAAAAAUACAAAGACUUCUUCAGGCAACUCAUCCCAAGCUCGUUCUCAGAGGAAUUCCCAGAAGAGUGCUGUCAGGAAAACUGCCUCGAGAGCACAGGCCAGAUCCUCUGGUGCCUCGGAGAGCUGUGCCCCAGCUGUGCAAAGGCACAGGAUGAAAACUGUCUCAGAAUUGCUGCAGGAGAAGCGUUUGAGGCAGUCCCAGGCCAAGGCAGCCGUGCAGAGGGCAGUGCUGGUUGCCCCACAGGUGCUGGUUUCAGGGCCUUUGAUAAUCCAGCACCCAGCACAGCAAAUCAUUCCCUCUGCACCACCUGCAGCAGCUGCUGGGACAGACAGCCAAGUACAGGGUUCACCAGUGCCCACAAGGACUUCUGCUUCAGGUUCUGCUUCUGCUCCUGUGCCUGAAAACCAUUCCUCAGCAGUGCCAGGGGAGAGCCCUGGCUGCUCGCAAGGGACAGAUCUACAGUCAAGUAAGGAACUCAAAAAGGAAGCUCUGGACAGCAGCCCUGAAGGAAGGGUUUCUCCAGGUGUGAGUCCAGCUGCAGCAGAGACGGCCCCAGCCCAGGGAGGGUGCAAUGCUCAGGUCACAGCCAGGAGCUCAGCUUCAGCAGGGUUACAAAACCAGGCUUUUGUCCCUCAGCAGAUCGCAGUGGUGGCCCUUGGCCUGGACUCUGGCACCAGUAAAUUGUCCCUUCCCACACCAGUCACCUGUGAGCUGAAGAGUAAUGGGCCACAGCAGAGGCCAGUCAGCCUGCAGCCUGCUCCUGUCACUCCACAGGCUGCUUCUCCUGUGAUUCCCAGCAGCAUCCUGCCCUUCAGGUGGGUUGUAACCCCCCAGGGCCUGCUCCCCAGCCCUGUGCAGACUGUGGUGGGUGUUCCCCAGGGAAUGCCAGCUGCUCCUGGGGGAAGCCAGGGUCGGACAGCUGUGACUUCCAAUGGCAGUGUCUCUGCUUUGGGAGGGACUCCUGUACCAGCUGAAGCAAAUCCACCUCACCCCAGCAGUGCAGAGACAAAAGGGCCAAGUUCCCAGCUGGCAGGAGUUCCUUUGGGAAAGGCAGCUGACCAGAACACAAAUCUCUUACCUGUGACCCCAGUGAAUGCUGGAUGCACCACUUCCAGCAUUUCUGCUGUAACCCCUGCUUGUUCAAAUGGCUUCUCCACAGCUCCAGACUCCUCUGCAGCUCCAGCUGCCCCUCCAGCUGCCAGCCCUGCCCUGUGUGCCAUGGUGCUGCCCCAGACACAGCCCCCUGCCAGCACUCAGGGCUCUGACUGCCAGCCUGUGCCCAGUCUCAGCAGCGUGGGAAGGAGCAGUGACUCCAGCACAGCAAACAGACCAUCCUCCAAUCCAGGCAGCAUCAGGAGAGGGGCUGGGCCCUGGGCAGGAGCUGCAGCUCCUCGCAGCAGUGUCCCAGGGAGCUCUGCUGGCUCUGGUGCCCAGGCACGGAGGAACAGACCCAUUGCCUCCAAACCACCAAGCACUGACAUCCCUCCUCAGUCAAGCACUGACGUCCCCCCCCAGCCAAGCACCUCCCGUGAACAGAAGAAUCUCCUUGACUUCAGCCUGAUCUCCCUGGAGGACCAGGGGCUGGUGAAGGAGUGGCUGAGUGGGAAACAAGGGGUUCAGGUGCCAUCUCUGCAGACCAGGCUGCCUUAUCUGCCACCUUUCCUCUGCAGCAUAAAAACCCUGUCAAAGCUCCUUCUGCAGAAAACAGCUCUGGAGGAGCAAGCAGCCUCUCUCCUGCCCUCUGAGGCCGGCGGGGAUGGGGACACUGGGGAUGUUUUCCAUGCUAUUGGAGAACUGGUGCAGCAGAAACUGGGUGAUAACCCUGCUUACCUCCUGCUGAAAGCCAGAUUCCUGGCAGCCUUCACACUGCCAGCUGUCCUGGCAACUCUGCCUCCUCCCAGAGUGACAACAACUCUGUCAGCCAUCAGGAGGCAACUUGAGGAGAGUGAUGACGAGGAGUGGCAGAGGGAGAAAAAAUUGUUUGAGGAAGAGAGCUGUGGGAAUGAAUUCACAGGAGUACAGGAGGACUGGAGACUUGGGGAUGAGCCUGAAGACAAGGAUGCUGAUUUACUUAAUCAGAACAGGGGGGCUGAGGAGAGCCCUGCUCAGUCUGCCUUGGGCUCCAGCACUGACGUGGCUGAUGCCAGAGCUCCCCAAAGCAGGAGAAGUGCCCGCUUCAAGAAGAGGAGGAGGAUAUGAGAAGGAGGUGUGGGUCACUGGAACGAGCACUGCCUUCCUGCAUGGCAGGAGGAGAUAAUCUUUGCACUGUUCACCUUUACCACUUCCAGUGCUGACUGGAUGGACCUGGGGAAGAGGAAAAUGCUGGACCGAUUUUCCCAUCCCUCAACAAAAUCUGCAUCUCUAGGCAAGGUGAUUUCCUUUUCCUUGCCUAAGGUCAUUUCCUUAAAAAUGAAGGAAACUGGCUGGAGGGAAAUCUUUCAGGCACAGACUUCUGCUCUUUCAAACUCCCACCUGCCAUGGAUUCUGAGGGGAAAUUUUGCUGGAAAUGUGGAGAAGCAAGCAAUGGUGGUUAUUUAUUUCCUUCUUGUGUUGUUUAUGUGAAUGUUUAUCCAUGUUCAGAAUAUGUUAAUUGGGUAUUUUUUAGUGCUGUGACAGUGGCUUUGCUUGGUAACUGACUGAAUACUGUAGAAUAAGCAGCAGAUUAAUUUUGUAUCAAAAUUACUCUUAAGUAUUUGUUGAAAUACAGAUGUUUUAUUUUUCUCACUUAAAAAUUACUGAUGUGUUCUGUGUGGGUUUUAUUCCUGGUAAAUAGUGCUUUUAAUAAUGUGUGUAUGAGAGUGAUUGCUAAUGAGAAAAAUGAAGUUUUCAGGCUGCAUGAAAACCAGGGAAAAUAGGGAGAAUGAAUAUUCAUGUGCCUAAAACUGAAGGAUUGAAUUAGGAUUCUUCCUUGAUUCUUCCACAGCCUGCCCUGUACAGACAUCACAAAAUCACUUUAAAAAAACUUGUUUCUUCAUUUAUAACCCAGCAAUUUCUGUCUCACAGAGAGGUGCAAGGUUAGCUGAGGCAAAGCUGGUAAAAUCUAGAGGGAAAGUGCUGUGAAAGCUUCACUCCACUGCACUGACUGAACUCCCCUGAGUGUAGUGGGGAGUUUGAGCUUUUCCACGAGGGCUCUUCAGGCAGAGCUGGGGGCACUGGGUGCCAGUGUUGCUAUAAUUUGGUGUCAAGACUCUAUGGAGCAAAAGGAAUGAUUGUGGAAGGCUCUCCUCUUGCAGUGUACUCUGUUUUCCAUAACCCAUUAGAGAGAUACCAGUUUUCCAGGAAAUUCAGCUGUGGCAGGAGCUGCUGCAGGAUUGUGGGUGCUGUGCCCAGGCUGUUACAGUGAGGCACUGGUGGGAAAGGUGAGCUGUGCUCUAAAUGAUUGCUGGCCUUUGCAAAUGCUGCUGAAAAGAUGCCCUUGGCAUUUAUUUGUGGGAAAACUGCGUAAGCAGCAGCUGGCUUUGUCCUUUUUCAGGAUUAAAUUGAUUUGUCACUAGAAUAAAACCUCCCCAGGCUAAACUGGUCAAUUAACAGACACACUGAUUACCUCCAGCAAGGGCACAGCUGACACAGGUACUGCAUCUUUUUUUGGUGUAAAGCUAAUUUAAUGACAAGAAACACAGGCUGGAAGAAUCUGUGAGCAUCUCUGCCCUACUCCUAAUGAUAACAAGGAAAAACUCUCCAUAAACUUAGAAAGCAGAACAAAGAGGGGAGUGGGAAGCUAACGGGAGCAUGUGUCAUGCUGCCAUGGCAUCAGAGCCUGUGUGUUCUCCAGGCUUUUUGAAAAAACACUGAGUGAGUUCUGAGUUCAGCUCCAGGGCUGUGGGAAGGGGGGGAGGCAGGCUCAGGUUUUCUGGUGAUGCUCAGCAUCAUCACAAUGGCAUUGUCAGCAUUGUCACAUAACCCAGCUGCUCCUUUAUUGCUGCCAUGGGCACAGCCUGUCAUUUGGGAAUCAUGGGUGAUGUCCCUUGCUUUGCCAGGACUUCAUUCCCUUUCCCUUUCUUGUCAUAAUUACUCUGGAAGCUUGAGGACAUCCAAAAUCAGAGGCAUCAGCAUAGAAAUCACCCUUUUCAGCUGAAGAGACCUGUGUCUAAACUGAGAGUUCUUGCUGCCACCUGUUUUCCUGGAGGAAGAUGUUAACAGCUGGAAAGCCUUUCAAGAGUCUCUUUCUUCUAAUUUUGUGGCUUGUCCCCUGAAAUCAGCUGCACACACCUAUGGCUGUGACUUUCAUUCCUUUUAGUCUUUCUGACCCACUGCACACAGAGACUUUCUGGACCCCAGCAGGUCCUUCAGUGGGACAGAUUAGAGAACAAAACCAGAAUUAAUCUAAAAUCACUGCUUAUGUGUUGCUGCUGACUCACGAUGCCACUACCAUCUUUCUCCUCCCCCAUCAGCCAUUCUGGCUUCUGCUUUUAUUAUUUAUCUAUCUUUUUCUUUUCCUUCCCUUUUCUGUCUCAGGGUAUAGCUGAGUAGUUUCCCCUUUUUUCUCAAACCAGUUUUGUUCCUGGAGUUAUCUUUUCUCUAGUCAGAAUACAGAGGGAGGCUGCACCCAAGACAGGUUUUCUCAGAGCCAGGACACGGGAGGAGAAUCAAGGAAGCUUUUGUGACUGCAGAGGUGAAGGUUGGUGAUACGGGAUGGCUGAUAUUAACAGGGAAUAAAAGUUUAUUUCACAGCACUGAGGUAAAGUGCCAGCUCCUGUGGGUGUUAGAUUUGGUGUCUGUGUGGUCAGACAGAACACAGGGAUCUCACAUGCUGGGAGGUGGAGAAGGA